AACCACCAGUUUUGUUAGGCGAACUUUGAAACGAUUCAUUCAGUUUAAAUCGUAUACGAUCUUUUACUUUACUCUAAUACCUCUCAUUACUGUAUAAAUUCAAAAUUAAACAUAUCAUUCCGUUGCAAAAGUUUUAAUUUUUGUACAUUGUCUACUUGUUUACAUUUCAAAUCGGAAAGAAAGUUCUUGCAAUGAAUCUGUUAAAAAAAUAUAAACUUGCAAUUAAGAGAUUUAUUGUUUAUUGAAUUUAAACUUCCAAUAUAUUAUAAUGAGCAAUACAAAGAAAGUACUUUUUUCAAAACGCUGUGCAAUCUGGUGCUUAGUUUUAGGAUUUUGUUUAAUAUUGUAUCCUGUAUUAUUAUUGAAUUUUUAUAAUUACUCUCUAAUUUAUCUUAGUAUUUUAACUACUAUGUCGGCAUUUAAUAUUGUGAAUAUGAAUCGUAAAGCAAUUUACUUUCCUGUUCCAAUUUUUUUCUCUAUCGUAGACGAUGUUAAUACUAAAGAGAAAAUGAAUAAAAGAUCUGAAAAUCGGGAAUUUUCUGUGUGGGGUGCAUUAGUUGCUUUAUUUUGCAGCAUUUGUGUUUAUGCAGUGAUUUCCAUUCUUUUAGGAGCACCGAUAUAUAAAGAUUGGGGUGCUACUCUCUAUUUUAGCUCUCUAAUGACUUUACUCACUGUCUAUCCUCUGAUUUGGUAUUAUUUCUUCAGUGAUAGUAUCAGUUCAGUUUUAAAAGUAAUAACUGAUACCAAAUUUGAUAACAUGAUGGAAAAUCACUUACAGUCAAUUUUAAUAUGGACAAUUAUGGGUGCAUGGGUUGGUGCUUUCCCCAUACCUUUAGAUUGGGAUAGGCCAUGGCAAAAAUGGCCCAUUACAUGUUGCAUUGGAGCAUGUCUUGGAAAUAGUGUAAUGCACUUAAUCACAGGAUAUAAACUUUUACAAUCAUAUGUGAAAGAUAAGAAAAAAGUUUUAUUUAAUAGAACUGUAUGAUUGUUUUAUUAACAAUGAUAUGAGCAGUGAUAAUAAUAGCUUUAUUAGCUUCAGUCUCGGUCUUUAUGAGUUUUAUGAAAUUAUGCCUUUCCUUUUCUGUUAAAGCUCAUUGUAAAUAAAUAUAUAGUUCAUUAUACUGUUAAACAUUAGGAAUUUGAGUAUUGUUAUAUAGUGUUUUUUAAACUCAUUUCUAGUUUUUAUAUCAUUAAACAAAUGUGUUUUUUAUUUAAAGUAAUGUAUAAUUGUUUUUUUUUAUUGUUUUUUUUUAUGUUUGUAAGCUAUGUCCCCUUAAUAUACAAUUUUUGACUUUCUGUUUUACAAUCAUUCAAACUAGGACUUAAUAAUAAUGGCAGUCUGAAACAUCUGAAAUUCAACACAGACCACUAUUAAAUAAUAAUUAGCAGUCCAAUGAAUCAGCAAUCAAUCAUUACAAUUGAGUAUAAAGGGGUAAUCUGCUAAUUGGGGUUUUUGGUUUGAUGUUUUGGUAUGCGUUUCUAUAAGAAAAUAUUUGGUCUAUGUUCCUUCAUCCUGAAUUUAAAUAUAACACAUUUUCUGUUAAUUUUCAUUUUAAUGAUAUAUUUUUUAUAUAAUAGUAAUGCUCUACUUAUAGUAAUUAUGCAACACAAAAUCUGUUCUUUAUAAUACAAUAAAAUUUGGAUUUAUAUGAAGCGCUUAGUUUUAAAUUUUUCAACUAAUUUACUGAAAUUUCAAUAUUGUACUUGUGAAAUUUAUAUUGUUUCAUAAUUUUUUGAAUAUUUUCUAAAAAUCUAAUUGGAACAUGUUAAAAGACCAGUGGAAAAUGUGUAUAAACUAGGGAAAUCUUUUAGUUAUUGGACGUUUGGACUAAUAACUAAAUUUUCUUAACUUCUACCUUUUGUCAACUAUGCUUAUUAAAUUUUUAAAACUGUUAUAAUUCUAAAAUGUAGAAGUGCUGAUUCACAACAUCAAAAGAUUUAAAUCUUUCGACAUUUUGAUUUUUUCGAGGAAAAUUUUUUUUGAUAGUGGUUUUUGAAGCCCUAUCACUAAAGAAAAUGAAAAAGCCACUUUUAAAGUGCCCUGUACUUGAGGCAAAGCUAUAGUUUAAAGUUAUACCAUCUUGCCGUAAAAAAUAAUCUGAACUUCAAAACAGACUAAUAACUUUUAACAUUUUAGAAGUUUUAAAAAUUGCAUAUUUGGCAAGAUUUUUCCAUUAUGAUAGUUAUCAAAAUCAAAAAAUAAUUCACAAUGUUUGUAAAUUUUUAUGAACAAAAAUUGAGAAUUAUUACAUUGGAGUAUUUUUUUAAGUAUUAAAAAAAAAAAACUUAAAAAGCUUUUAAUUAACACAAAACUGUUUUUUUUUUCUUUUCUUUUCAUAUUGACAUUUUUAGCCAUUUUCAUAAUUAGCUAAGAAAGGUCCUAUAGAUAGAUAAAAAUAAGCUGAACUUCACCUUACAGUCUGAAUAAUUAUUGCAAACUUGCAGUUAUUUUGAAAAUAGCAUGUUAUUAGAAAGAAACAAAGAAAAGAUAUUUCACGUAAUAGCAGAAUUUUUGAAAAGCCUUAAAUGAAACUUGGGCAACAGAAAUGUAGCUCAUGUAUUUGUUUGUUAUCUUUAAUUCUAAAUAAAUCUAAGUAUGCAAAA